GUCUUUAACGUCAAAACAUCACCUUUUCCUCUUUACACUCGCUACUCCCGAACUUGAGACUCCUUCUUUCGGGACCUCGACAUUUCUUUGCAGCAACCCAUUCCAGGCUCGCCUCACUCUUUCUUGGCGCCUCACCACACUCGCUCUUUCUUUGACCAAACUUCGCACGACUUCUUCGUCUGUCGUACCGAUCCCGGGACACGACCUUUCGUACAACCUCUUAUUUUCCUGCUUCUCUACAGAAAAUCACUUAAUUACACCCCGUCACGAUGCGCGUCUCCGCCACUCUUGCUGCUGGCGCCCUCGCCGUCAGCGUGUCUGCCCAGAAUUACCUCGGCUUCAACUCGGGCGCCACCAAGGCCGACCGCUCUGCCAAGUUCAAGGCCGACUUCGAGGCCGAGUUCAAGGCUGCGCAGAAGCUGCCCAACGCCCCGGGCAACUUCAACGCCGUCCGUCUCUACACCAACAUCCAGGCCUACUCCCAGGAUGACCCCAUUGAGGCUUUCGAGGCUGCCAUUAAUACCAAGACGUCCAUCCUGCUCGGUCUCUGGGCCUCUGGCACCGAUAACAUCGACAAGGAGGUGUCUGCCCUGAAGAAGGCCGUCGACAAGUUCGGCACCAACCUGACCGAUCUCGUCAUCGGUGCCUCCAUGGGUUCCGAGGAUCUCUACCGUAUCUCUGUCAUGGGUAGGAAGAACAAGGCUGGUGCCGGUAACUCGCCCGACGCCAUUGUUGGCUUCAUCAAGGACUUCAAGAAUGCCUUCAAGGGCACUGCCCUCAGCUCCGUCCCCGUUGGUCACGUCGACACCUGGGACGCCUGGUCCAACGACACCAACAAGGCCGUCAUCGACGCUGUUGACUUCAUCGGUGUGAACGAGUUCCCCUACUACGAGGACAAGAAAGGCAACAGCAUCAACAACGCCAGCCACCUCUUUGACAGGGCCUACGACACCACCAUCUCUAUUGCUGGUGGCAAGCCCGUCUGGGUCACCGAGACUGGCUGGCCCGCUUCUGGCCCCGUCUGGGACGAGGCUGUUGCUUCUGUCCAGAACGCCAAGUACUACUGGAACGAGGUCGGUUGCCGUAAGCUCUUCGGCAAGACGCCCACCUUCUGGUACACUCUCUUUGACUCCAACCCCGACAACACGAUGAAGUUCGCCAUCACCGAGUCUGUCGGCGGCAAGCCCCUCUACGACCUCAGCUGCCCCAAGACCUUCGACGCCGACAAGCCGAAGUCCCAGUCCUCCUCUUCCAUUGCCGCCCAGUCCACCUCUGCCACCGCUUCCCGCUAUAGCAACGCCACGGCCACUGGCAGCGGCUCCGCCUCGGAGACGUCUGCCAUCCCCGGUGGCAACGGCUCUAGUUCUCACUCUGGCUCUGGUUCCCACUCUGGCUCUGGCUCUGGCUCUGGCUCUGCAUCCCCCUCGGGCUCUGCCUCCCCCUCGGGCACUGGCUCUGGCUCUGGCUCUGGCUCUGGCUCUGGCUCUGGCUCUGGCUCUGGCUCUGGCUCUGGCUCUGGCUCGGGCUCGGGCUCGGGCUCGGGCUCGGGCUCGGGCUCUGGCUCUGGCUCUGGCUCGGGCUCGGGCUCGGGCUCUGGCUCUGGCUCUGGCUCUGGCUCUGGCUCUGCAUCCCCCUCGGGCUCGGCCUCUCCCUCGGGCUCCGGCAACGGCUCUGGUGCCAACGGCGGCUCUGGUUCGGGUUCUGCCGAGGACCCCGCCUCCACCGAGGGUACCUCCCCCACCGUCCCCGAGUCCUCGGCCGCCUCGCUCCAGAAGACGGCCGCCGUUGCCGCCCUGGCGCUCGUCGCCGGCCUCUUCACUCUUGCUUAAGCGCCUCGCUUGAGCUCUUGGUGAAGGAGAAAAGCAACAUGUCUUUCAUUGGAUCUUGGAUUCGUGGGUCUCGGUCUUGGUUCUUAGCGGAUCUGGUUUAUUCGAGCUUGUUACUGGGGUUUUUGUACACACAUAGAUGAGCUAUAAUGCAUCUCAUUGCCUACU